CAGUCUUCUGCUAGCAAGCCUCCUCUUCUCACCGCCGGAGAAAUAACGCCUGAUGCCUUAUGGUCGUGGGAGAUGGGGUGCAUCCAGUUUUUUAUGCACAAGGACGUCCCCGAAGACGAAAUGGUUCGAAAGGUUGCGUGGGGAUUACAAGAACCACGCAUCCAGGACUGGUAUAUGACGAACCAAGACGAAAUUGACCUGAUGACAUUCAAGGAGUAUAUGGCAGAAGUACGCGAAAUUUGGCUCCCCAUUGGCUGGGCAGAUACCAUCAGGAGAAAGAUGCUAGCCUCGACGCAAGGACAACGCGCCUUUAGCGAGUGGGCUAUAGACGUACAGAGUCAAAACACGCUACUUAGAGGGACACCUUCUCACCUCGCGGACGUCAACAUUCUCUACCACCUUGAGUCUCACAUGAACAUUGACCUUGCCGCUGACUACCACGCAGAGAACAUCGUUGAGGAAGACCUACGCAAAUGGAUCGCAAAGGUUCGAAUCCUCGAUGACAGGCGUCUACGCUAUCUCGUGAGGCAGAAAGAAGCAGUAGAGAGUGCACUACGUACGGAACGCGCUUGUUCGGCUCCCGAUAAGAAGUCAAAUGCUAACACACGCAACAACGCCAAGGGCAAUACUACCCAGGCGAAGGACAGCAAUGCGAAGACGUUCACGCGACUCCCUAGUCUUACUGAUACAGAACGCCAGCUGUUGAGGGACAACGAUGGCUGCUUCAAAUGUCGCAAGCCUUUCGCAGGACAUACGUCGACCAGUUGUCCGAUGGGAUUCCCUGAUGGC